GUCAACUGCUGCACAGUUGAGCUGGGUUCAACUUAUAAGCUUUUCGGACGAGAAACUAAGCUCCGGCCUGGAAAGGGAGGAAGCAGUUUAAUACAGAACAGGAAUGUGAGAAUCUACUGUAUUGGGAUACAGGCUUAAGUGAAAACAAAAGACGCGAGCUAGCUGUGCUACUAUGAAGUCUGAGGCCUUGCUGCUAUAUUUUUCGCUACUACAUUUUGCUGGGGCUGGUUUCCCCGAAGACUCUGAGCCUAUCAGUAUUGCACAUGGCAACUAUACAAAACAAUAUCCGGUAUUUUUGGGUCACAAACCAGGACGAAAUAACACACUAAGACACAAGCUGGACAUUCAGCUGAUUGUGAAAAUGAAUCGAACACUCUACAUUGCUGCUAGAGACCAUAUUUACACUAUUGAAAUGGAUACAUCCUUCACAGAGCAGAUUAAUUUUAACAAAAAGUUAACAUGGCGAUCUAAACAAGCUGACAUAGACAUAUGCAGAAUGAAAGGAAAGCAUAAGGAUGAAUGUCACAAUUUCAUUAAAUUGCUUCUGAAAAGAAAUGAUAACACCUUAUUCGUCUGUGGAACAAAUGCAUUCAACCCAUCAUGCAGAAACUAUAAGUUGGACACACUGGAUGUGCUUGGAGAUGACAACAUCAGUGGAAUGGCAAGGUGUCCUUAUGAUCCAAAACAUGCCAAUGUUGCACUUUUUGCAGAAGGUAAGCUUUAUUCAGCAACUGUAACAGACUUUCUUGCAAUUGAUGCUGUUAUUUAUCGGAGCCUUGGAGAAAGUCCAACACUACGGACAGUAAAACAUGACUCAAAAUGGUUGAAAGAACCUUAUUUUGUCAAGGCUGUGGAUUACGAUGAUUAUAUCUAUUUCUUCUUUCGGGAAAUAGCUGUAGAAUACAACACCAUGGGAAAGGUCCUUUUCCCGAGGGUUGCUCGUGUCUGUAAGAAUGACAUGGGAGGUUCUCAAAGAGUAUUGGAGAAGCAGUGGACAUCCUUUGUAAAGGCUCGCCUCAACUGUUCUGUACCUGGGGACUCUCACUUUUACUUCAACAUCUUGCAGUCAGUGACAGAUGUUGUCCGUAUUAAAGGCCAUGAUGUCAUUUUAGCAACGUUUUCUACCCCUUAUAAUAGCAUUCCUGGCUCAGCAGUCUGUGCAUAUGAUAUGGAGGACAUUGCCAUGGUUUUUACUGGCCGAUUCAAAGAGCAGAAAUCCUCUGAUUCCACGUGGACGCCAGUCCCUGAAGACCGAGUUCCUAAGCCAAGGCCUGGCUCUUGUGCAGGUUCAGUAUUACUGGAAAGAUUUGGGACCUCCAACGGAUUCCCAGAUGAUACACUCAACUUUAUUAAAACACAUCCUCUCCUGGAUGAAGCUGUACCUUCAAUUGACAAUAGGCCAUGGUUUUUGAGGACAAUGGUCAGGUAUCGAUUGACCAAAAUAGCUGUGGAUACUGCUGCUGGUCCCCACCAGAAUUACACUGUUGUGUUUCUAGGGUCAGAAAAAGGAAUCAUCUUGAAGUUCCUGGCCAAAGCAAACAUGGGCUCCAUCAAUGACAGCAUCUUCCUGGAGGAGAUUAAUAUCUACAAUGCAGAGAAGUGCAGUGUUGAUGGUGUGGAAGACAGAAGAAUUGUGGGUAUGCAGCUUGAUAAGCCCAGCAACACUCUCUUUGUGGCGUUCUCCACUUGUGUCGUGAGGGUGCCUCUUGCUCGAUGUGAACGUCACAGCAAGUGCAAAAAGACAUGUGUUGCUUCUCGAGACCCCUACUGUGGUUGGCUGAAGGACGGAUUAUGUGCACAGCUAUCGUCUGCAACUAAAUCAUCAUUUGAGCAAGACAUUGAGCAUGGCAACACAGAUGGUCUGGGAGACUGCCAAAACUCCUUUGUGGCACUGAAUGACUUUUCAACCACUCCACAAGGCCAUGAAAUGUCUCGUGAUACAAUACAUGGCCACUUCAGUUCUGCCUUUUCCACCACCACCCCUCCUACAGCAAUUAAGGAGGGUUAUGAUGCCCACGGGCGGAUGCUGGACCGGAAGAAUGUUGUUGCGUCCUCUGAAAGCAUAGAUCCGUAUAUGGCUAACCCUCCACACAGUCACCAUGAUACCAACGGAGUGAUCCGUGAAAGUUACCUCAAAGGUCACGAUCAGCUUGUUCCAGUUACCCUUUUGGCUAUUGCAGUUAUUCUCGCCUUUGUCAUGGGGGCAGUUUUCUCAGGAAUAAUUGUUUACUGUAUAUGUGAUCACCGGCGCAGAGACAUUGAUGUAGGCCAAAGCAAAGAGAAAGACUUGCCUCGUUCUCGCAGGGGUUCUAUGGCCAGUGUCACAAAGCUCGGUGGGCUGUUUGAUGCUCAGACAAAGGAACCAAAACCAGAAGCGCUGCUGACUCCUCUGAUGCAUAACGGUAAAAUAGUAACGCCGAAUGGCACAACGAAGAUGCUGAUAAAAGCUGACCAGCAUCACUUGGACCUGACAGCUCUGCCCACUCCAGAGUCAACACCAACAUUGCAGCAUAAACGAAAGCUCAGCCGUGGGAGCAGCCAGUGGGAAAGGAACCAGAACCUAAUCAAUGCCUGCACAAAAGAUCUGGCAUCCAUGGGAUCGCCAGUGAUCCCCAUGGAUCUUCCUCUCCAUGCUUCUCCCAACCACAUUCCAAGUGUUGUGGUCCUCCCAACAACUCAACAGAGUUUCCAGCAUGAAUAUGGGGAUCAAGGAAUCCGACCCAUGGAACAAAUUACUAUUGAAGAUCAGAACGCCACACUGGAAUACAGGAGUAUGAAAAGCCCCUGUCACGGAUUAGUUGCAAACCUUGAUCAGGUGCCACCUAAAGUUCCUCAGAGAGAAGCCUCACUUGGAUCCACUAAUUCCGGGCUGCCUCAGAAUGCUCUGGGCAAGCGACUAGAUGUUCCUUCUCCUUCAUAUGCAAUGGAAUAUAAGAGAAACUAUCCCAGCAAUUCAUUGCAAAGAAAUCCUCAAUCAUCUGCAUUCAAAAGAAACCAUAAUACUAACUCUUCCAAUUCCUCUCACCUUUCUAGGCACCAGAGUUUUAACAGAGGAGAGAAUCCCCCUCCUGCACCACAAAGAGUAGACUCUAUGCUAGUGAAUGCAGGUCAGUCUCAGACACAGGCCAGGAGAUCUAGCAUCACUGCACCAUACAACUCUCUGCCAAGAUCUGGGGUCAAACGCACACCCUCCAUAAAACCAGAUGUUCCACCAAAACCCACGUUUGUUCCCCUUUCAGCUUCCAUCAAGCCAAAUGACACAUGUACAUAGUCACAGUGGGAGGUAGAAAAUGAUCUGGACCCUGCUUCCUGAGUCAGUGCUUUGCAACUGCAACACUAGAUUUGUGUUUUUUUAAAAAGCUGUUGUUAAGCUGAGGAUAUUUAUCCCUUCUCCCUGGGAAAAGUGGAAUAUUUUCUUACGACUGCUGCAACUACUGAACUCAGCGUUUGAAAGACGGGGUUAGCAGCUAUUGGACUUCUGUCAAAGGGGGUUAAUGAUUGAUGCACAUGAACAGGAUGGUGGAAUGAUGAGCCAAAAGCACAAAACUGUGGCAAACAUGUAAUGUCUCCUUGACUCUGCAGCAUAUUACUCUCUAGGGAGAUGAGUUUUAAAAACAAAGCACUGAAGAAGGUGGCUCAGACUUAACAUUAGCUGAAGUUUACUGUUUGCAGAUACUGUGAAAUGCCUCUCAGUGUUACAUCCGCUUAAGCAGCAGAUAUCUGCCAUUUAGGCAGGGCUUUGGCCUACAUCUCUGCUAUUGUCCUUCUUGUAAUGAUUAAUGUGACUAUUAACACUAAUAGCUCCUGGUAUUUAUUAUUUAAGUGCUAUUUCAAAACAUGACUGACUCCUUCAAAUGAAUUUAUGGAUAUCUCUUUAAAAAGAAUCAGAAGUCUAAAAUGUAAUGUUUGUAAUUAUUUAAGUCAAGUCAAUUAACUGGAGACAUUCAAUGCUUUUUUAAAGUAACCGUCCACUAACAAUAUGGAGGUGGAAAACUGAGCUCAGCGUUUCUACUCAGCUGCUGAUAGGGUUAUCAUAGUGCUUGGGGAGGGGAGAAGAAAAGAAAAGGAGGGGGAUAUUUAUUUUAUUGUGAAAGGUUCAUUUCAUGAUCCAUGACGAGCUGAAAGGAGGGAGUGCAUCAAUGAAAAUGCUCAGAUUUGUUCCCCUGAGGACUAGGAGAGGGAGGGAAAGAAACUCUGAUAUCAUGCACACAGGUGGAAUCACCAUCUAUUAUGAAGAGGAUGUAUGAGGAUUAAACAGUCCUGUUAGUUUUGUCAGUAAUUGAUAUUUGCAAUGCAGGCACCGGCACAUCAUGUGCGAGCCAACUCAAUUUGUGCAAAAUGGCACAGCAAAUGAUAGUAAUGGAUGGAGUGUGCUGAAAGGCAAGCUGUUACCAUGCAUAAAUCAUACUCCUAUCAUGUUGAUUCGACUGGGAAUACAUCUGUGUGACAAGUCUCUUCUUCCAUGUGUAAAUUUGUGCCUUACAACAUCAUGUGUACAUUUCUAGCUAGUAAUCUGCAAAUGUUACCCCCACACCCCACCCCCAUUUAAAAAUAAAUCUAUUUCUGCUAAAUAUUUUGAUCCCAUUUGGAAAGAUUGCUCCCUAAAAGGAUGUAUAAGUUCUGACUCCUCAAUCUGCAGAGAAAUCAUAUUUGAUGAAUCAUCUCAUAGUCGUGCCAAUCUUGCCCUCCCCACACCGUGUAAUUGCAGAAAAUUUGAAACGCAUCCACAUUUCUGAGAGUGUUCCUUUUCAUUUUUACUUUAUUUCAGCACUGUAAUAUGAUGUAUUCCCAUCGACUAAUUCAGAAAAACAGAUGUGCUUUAAUAAUGUUUUUACUUGUGACCGGUGGGCAAUUGCUAUGAUGUGAUAAGUUAUCCAAUUGGCUAGUGCCUCAGUUGAAGGCACCAAAAAACCUACAUUGUAAAUGUUAAUGAAUUUGCAAGGCAGUCUUAAAGCAGGCUGGUUCCUGCUGGAGUAACACUGCUAUAAUAUUAUGUAGCCAGAAGGAUAGUGAAAACCUUUUGGCACAAUUGUUUCUAAUUAUUGUUUUUCUUUUACAUUUUCAGUUUAUCAUGCACGCUGAAUAGAAUGUUUUUACCUGUUAAAUAAUUGUCAACACAUUGUAGAAUUAAGGUUUUUAUCUAUUGAGCUGUAUGAAUUUUCUUUUUUAAAUUUUUUUUUUACUUAUUUGUUUUUGCAGUUUUCUUUUCCUCAAUUGGACACUUAACUUGCAAGUUGGCUAGUCUUUAGAAUGGUAGCUGGAUAAUUCCAGAAGGAACUAGACCAAAGUUUGUAACAAGGGUGCAUACACAUUCUACUUCCUCCAUUUCAUUACUCCAUUAUGGUGACUAGCGUUGAUGCAUUCCUUCAAAACAGUUUUUUUUUUAAAGUUAACUGCAUAUGUUGCAAGCAAAUGAUAUGUUUGGUGUUUUCAUGCCUUUUUUUAUGAUCAUGCUAUGUGAUUGUUUAUAAGUUAACUCAGAGUGCAAUUUUAAUAUGGUUUUAGGAUUUUAACUUGAGAAAUUCACCAUAAUACUUUUUAUGCAAAAAGAGUCCUGAUAUGUUCACAUUGAGAGGCCAAUAUAGUAUUCACAAGAAUUGAAUUGAUUCAAAAUGUAAUGCCCUGAGAUAAAUGAAUAAUAGUAUGCUGUUUGGUCCCUAUUUUUUUUCUGGCAGAUUUUUUUUUAUGGACCCCUCUUUGCCCCUUUGCGUGCCUUUGAAGCUCACCCUUGAUAUACACUCUUAGAUACAACAGUUGUGUAAUAUGUAAAAUAUUGUGAUGUUGACACAAUCUCCUUCCUUCAGCUCCACAUCCCUAACAUCCAAUUCACAACUUCAAUGUAUGUUGUAAAAAAAAGACUUUAAUUAUUACAUAAUGUAAUAAACAGACUGUUCUGCUGUA